AUGUUCCUUAUUCUUUUACUAAUAUUAUCAAUUGAUUAUAAAACAGUUAACGCGAAAUCGGAAUGCUCAGUCGACGGCCAAGUACGUUCCCCAAAAUAUCACCUCAUUGAAAAAUGCUUUCGUUCCAAGCUUGGCAUAGUUACAAAGGCUAACUUCACGUCUUUGACCAGUUGCCAGCGACUUGGCUUCGAGAAGAAAGCCUUGGCAAUAAACUUCAGUCCUCAAGAGGCUUGGCAGGACUAUAAUGUGACUGGUAGAUACACUUGUGAAGUGCUGAAGUGUGCUGAAGCAGAUGGGGGAUUGUCCAUGGUGAAUGAUUCGAGAUAUGAUUACUACAGUAUUUAUGGAAAGCCUGUACCCCACGUAAACUCAACCUGCGUCCCGACACUAGGCAUGUUCUUCAUCUUAACAAAGAAACAGAACUACAGCCAAGGGUUCCGUGACUGUAAGAACAUCAGUGGCUUGCCUGCUGAUGUCACUAGUGAGCAGAGGACUGAUUCGCUGGCGCAGCUGAUCGCCGGAGCCAGUUUGGAGGUUGCAUUUGUGGGGUUGAGAAGCAAGAAUGGAAGUGGCUUUUUUAGUGUUACUGGUGAUGCUUUAGACUGUACCACGUACCGUGCGUGGCAACCAGGUAGUCCAAGGAAGGCACGUGACAAAUAUGAUUGUGUGCUCCUCACGAGAUCCAGGACGUGGGUAACAACGCCUUGUAAGAAAAACUAUCCUAUGAUUUGUGAGAUAGUUCCUGGAGGUCCUUAUAAGAGAGGAUCCAUAUUUGCGUCAAGAAUGAAACCAGCUAACGAGACUAAUACGGAAAAUAAAAACGAUGAGGAGUUUUAA